UUCGAUGAGUGGUGUGCAGAACAUAAAGAAACAUGCUUCUCAAAUCAUGAAGGUUCGGCAGGGAAAAUGGAGGUGGAUUCAAUAACUGAAAUGUUUUUGAGAUCCGACGAAAAAUUUGGUGUGAAGUAUACGAAUUAUAUUGGCGACGGUGAUUCGAAGACUUUUGCGGGUAUUUUGAAGGAGAAUCCGUACGGCGACAAUUUCCCGGUUACGAAAAAUGAAUGCGUGGGACAUGUACAGAAACGGAUGGGUACGCGACUCCGAAACAUCAGAAAGAAAGAGAAGCUCGGCGGUAAGAACCGGCUAACAGAAGCUUUAAUAAAAAAACUAACAAUUUAUUAUGGCUUGGCUAUAAGAAGAAAUGUGGAGUCUGUUAGAGAAAUGAAAAAAGCAAUAAUUGCAACAUUGGAUCAUUAUUGUUCGACAGAUGAAUCACCGAGACACGAGAAUUGUCCAUCAGGCGCCGAUAGCUGGUGCAAAUGGCGCAGAGCUGAAGCCAUAAAUGAGUUACAAUCGUUUAAGCAUGGUGUACGUGUAAUUGAUGAAAAAAUAGAAAAACAGAUCCGUCCGAUAUAUGAAGAUCUCUCAAACGACGAGCUUCUGGAACGAUGUUUAGGUGGACACACACAAAACCCGAACGAAUCAUUCAAUGCAACGGUGUGGCGCAUGACUCCGAAGCAUUUAAAUUCAGGCCAUCAAAUAAUUGAAAUUGCCGCCUACAUGGCUGCAGGUAUGUUCAAUGAAGGAUAUACAUCAAUCCUAAUUACAAUGCAAUUGUUGCAUUUGAAUAUUGGGCAGCAAUGCAAAAUGUUCGCGGAUACAGCUGACGUGCAGCGACUCGCACGACAAGCCAUGCGCCAGACACACAGCAGCAAGGAGGCUCGUACAGCUCGUAGAAUACAACAAAUGCAGCAAAACCAGUUCUUUGAACAGGCGGAAGGAUUACUAUAUGGUGCCGGAAUAGCUGAUUAACAGAUCACUAGUGUAAGUAACCAAUAAUUAACAUUUUCUCCGACCGAAAACUUUAAACCGCGAUUUCUCCACUUUUCAUUUUUACGAUUCUGUAAAAUUGGCGGGCGUGAUAGCACAAAAACUAUGCGACCUGUUGAACUGAACCAAAGCUUAUCCUCUUCAGAAUUAAAUUCUCUUC